UGAGAUUACAUCACGAAACUCUUCAUUCAAAUGAAUCAACUUGUAGCAAUUCAACCACACACACACUCGGACAGUUGAAACUGGGUGGAAUUUGCAUCCAUACACGAUAGCAUUAAAAUUUCAUUACGAAACGUUGAAUUUGCGAGUCUCGUGCUGCAAAAUCGAAACCUGAAUCCCCAAAGAAGACAACGAACGAAGCAGCGUUUGUUAUUGACUUGCGAAUUGCGAUCCCUCGAUUCACUUUCACUCAUUCAUUCGCAAUGCAGAAUCCCAAUGACGUUCGCAACCUCCCCAUCGACAUCACUUUCUCUCGUCUCGGAGAAUGGUUGGUCGAUCGCAAGCGAGUACCCGCGGAUUGGCGCAAGCGCGUGGCGGCGAUCAGGGCUCGAAUUUCCAAGGAAUUCUCCUCCCUCCCCAAGGAUUCUGAUCCCUUUUUCCAAACCCUAGACCCCGAAGGGAUUGGGUACUUGGAGGCUAAACAGAUAUAUGAUAUUCUUAUGAAGUCUACUUCGGAAAGCAGGAACAUAUUUGGUCGCUUAUCAGGUUCUGCGGGUGCAUGGGGAGCAAUCAUACGGUCUUUUGAGAAGGAUCAUGUUUUCCUUGGUGAGGCAGCACAGAUUCUGAUUCAGAAUGUGAGCUACGAAAUCCCUUACCAGAAGAAACAGGUGCAGAAGAUUCAACAGCAGCUGUUAGAGCUAGAUCGCAAAGAGGCUGAUAUAAAAAGAAGUGCCGCCCUUUCGGCUACCAAAUAUGUUGAAGCUUGUCAGGAGCUUGGCUUACAGGGGAAAAAUGUCAGAGUAGAACUUUUGGAGACGGCAAAAUUACUUCCCAGCACAUUUAGCACAAUUUUAGAUGUUGUAAACAGUGACAACAUGUCACGGGCAGUUGAAUAUUAUUCCAAUUUUGUGAGGGAUGCUCACACUGAAAAGGAUAGGUCUUUGGGAGAUGUACUACUAAACUUGAAGAAUAUGCGUGAAAAUCCCCCAUCUUUAAAUGUUGCUGUUGACUCUGAGAUUAUUAAUGAUGUUAAUGUUCACUCAAGCAAAAAUGAAUUGAAUCCUGCAACAAGCAAUGCUGAAAUUGCUGUGCCUGACAUUGACUGGGAUAUUUCUGUUGAGAGUUCACAAAUUGAUUGGGACAUUGGAACCGUAGAAGAAACGGAGGAGAGUGGUAAUGGAUUGGGUCCUUAUGAAAUCAUUAAUGCCUCUGAUAUUGGAUCUGAUCCAACAAUAUCAAACCAAGAACUAGGCUCGCAUGCAGAUAUAUCUUGGGAUAUUAGUGUGGAUACUCCUCAGGUUGAUGUCAUUGAUGAUGAUAAUGCCCCAGCUGUAGUGCUGGAGAAUCAGACUUCUUUUCCGGAUGCCUUAUCUCAAUUGACAGAAAACAAGGAAGAAAGGAGCCAGCUUUUAAAUACAGAGUACAGAAAUAAGAUUCUUGAUGAUCUAUAUGAGAUGAAAUCCUUUUUAAAUCAACGGUUGGCUGAAUUGAGGAAUGAAGAAACUAUGUCCCUUCAAAAUCAAGUCCAGGCAGUUGCUCCCUUUGUACUGCAGCAGUAUGCUGCUGAUGCUAUGGAAACAAUGCAGAGUGAUAUUUCUUUGGCAAUUUCUUUACUGACAAAUAGGAAGACAAGGGAUCUUAUUAUGAUUCUCAACUCCAAAAGAUUUCUAGACAGACUAGUCAAUUCAUUAGAGGAAAAGAAACAUCAUGAAGUCAAGUUAAAAGAGGGGUUGAAGGACUUGGCUGCUAAACGUAUGGAACUGCAAAAUUCUUUAUCUUCAUCAUGGUCAAAGCAAGAUGCGUCUAUGGCAAAAACAAAGGAGCUGAAAAAACUCUGUGAAAGUACACUUUCAUCCAUGUUUGAUGGAAGACCAGUUAAUAUAAUUGGAGAGAUCAACACUCUUUUGUCUAGUGGCCUUGGAGCAUGAGGAGGACAAAUUUGCUCCGAUGAUGAUCAAUCCUUUAGCUUUGACAAUGCCAAGGAAACGUGCGCUGAUAACUCUUACCGAAUGAAAUAACUUUUGGUACUCGGUCAUUCUGCAGUUGUGUCUUAAUUGGUUUUACAAGCAGAAGAUACUACUGGGUGCAAUUUUUCUUAGGCUUAUUAUUGGUAUUACUUUUCAAUUUCAAGUAAGGAUGAUGUGAGAACCUAGGCAACAAGUCCAAUGUUUCCCAUGCGAGGCAAGAUAUCCAAGUGAGUUGCUAAAAAUCUUGGGGACCACUAGCGACAGAAACAAAUGCAACCCAUAAAAAACAAGGCAAUGAAAAGUUUGAAGGCGACGUACCCGGAUUCACUGGUGAAUAAUGUUACGAAGUAUCAGUUCGUGUUGUGCCAUGCAUUGCAUGUGGUAUAUGCAAAGAAUAUUUUGACUGAAUGCAAGGAAUAUGCUAGAAACUAAAGUUAAAGCGUCUAGCAUACGGCGACAAGUCUAAAGGUUGUCUGUUGCUCAUUGAUACCACUUUGUUCCUUGACAAUGGAUAGUAAUUUUAAAAGGAUUUUUUUUCCCGGUAUUAAAAAGGUUAGCUGAAUAGGAUCUCCGAACUUUAUUAGUGAAAGGGUAGGCCUCAAAAGAGUUUGUUUUUGAUUCCUUGAAAUUAUAGCAUUGCAUUGAUUACCGAUAUUUAGUUAGUACAAGCGGUAGUAACUUGUGGUUUUUUAA